AUGGCUAAGGAUUCAUAUUUGAAAAAGAUAUUAGGGGCAGAGAACUUUUCUCGAAUCCAAUCGUCCAAGGUACUUAUGGUGGGUGCUGGAGGUAUUGGUUGUGAGCUCCUCAAAGAUUUGGUCUUAACUGGCUAUGGCGAAAUUCAUAUUGUUGAUUUGGAUACCAUUACAUUGUCCAACCUUAAUAGGCAAUUCCUAUUCCGUCAAAACGACAUUAACAAAUCAAAAUCAUUGACUGUAUCCAAAGCAGUACAACAUUUCAACUAUUUGAACGCACAUUUGGUUUCUCAUCAUGGAAAUAUCAUGGACACCAACAAAUUCCCAAUCACAUGGUGGGAACAAUUUGAAUACGUAUUCAACGCAUUGGAUAACUUGGAAGCAAGAAGAUAUGUCAAUAAAAUGUGUCUAUUUCUUAAGAAACCACUAAUGGAAAGUGGUACCACUGGGUUUAAAGGACAAAUUCAACCCAUUUAUCCCUACUAUAGUGAAUGUUUUGAUUGUCUGACCAAGGAAACAGCCAAGACAUACCCUGUAUGCACAAUUCGAUCAUCUCCAACCCAGCCGGUACAUUGUAUCACUUGGGCCAAGGAAUUCUUGUUCCAUCUGUUGUUUGAUGAAGUUGAGUCGGACCAAAACUUGACUGAUCCAAAUCAGAUUCGUAGUGAAACUGAUAACGAAGCAGAAAUUGCAUUUUUUCAAAAAGAAUCUACGGAGUUGGCCGAAUUGAGACAUUUGAUUACUACUGCCGACCCACCUACUUUCAUUAAUGAACUUCUUGUAAAGAUAUUCAAAGCUGAUAUUGAAAGGCUAUUACUUAUAGAUUCAAUUGAAACAAGAAGGGGCUCAAGAAAACCAACCCCACUUGAUGUUGUAAGAUACAGCUCACAACUUGCAGGUUUGCUUGCCGAUGUUCUGAAUGAAAACAUUCUAAACUUGGACACCAAAAUGUGGUCAGUUCUUGAAAAUAUUUACGUAUUGUAUAAAUCAUCCGAGGUCUUACAAGAACGUAUUGUAUCCGGCCGUGAAAGUUCCAUUUCCUUUGAUAAAGAUGAUGAGGAUACUCUCAACUUUGUUGCUGCAGCAUCAAAUUUACGUUCCAGUAUAUUCGGCAUUGAAAUUAAAUCCAAGUUCGAUAUCAAGGAGAUCGCCGGGAAUAUUAUUCCUGCAAUUGCAACCACCAAUGCGAUAAUUUCCGGGUUUGCAUGUUUGGCCGGAACCAAAUAUUUCACUACUCCUUCACACGGAACCGAUUAUCUGGCGAUUACCCAUAAGUCAUCCACCAUUUUCGUAGGUAUUACUCCCAACAAAUAUAUUACCUCGGGUACCUUGGGUCCUCCUAACGAAAAAUGUCCUAGUGAUGCAUUAGUAUCUCGUGGUGUGUUUAAAAUAUCACCCACAGAUUUUACCACUCUUACUUUAGGUUGGUUGAUUGGGCAAUUAGAAAAUUAUGGAUAUUCAAGAGAUGAUAUUUCUAUUCAGAAAUCCAAUUCCAAAUUAUUAUAUGAUAUAGAUUAUGAUGAUAAUGUGGAUCUAACUCUUGCCUCUAUGUCUGGUUUAAAGGACGGAGAAUUGAUUUUAAUUCUGGAUGAUUCUGACCAGCUUGAAAGUUUGGAGUUGUAUAUUAAUAUUGCAGAAAAGACUAGUUUGCCUGAAUUGGUGUUGCGACCAAAGGUUACACAUGACGAACCAGAACAAGAGAACGAAGAUGGACUCUUGGAAAAUGGGAUGGAUGUAGAAAAUGAUGGAGUAAUUCUACUCGAUAGCGAAGCUGAGAAUGAGGAAAACGAUGAUCUUUUGAUUAUAGACGAUGAACCAUCCCCCAAACGGAGAAAAAUCGCUUAA